UGAGGAAGGAGUUGUUAUCCUGAUUGUGAAGUUCAUUCCUCAACCACACUGGGCGAGCAGAAGACAAAGAUAUUCUGUUGAUGUUUUUAUCAUGGACCUCGAGCCUGAGUAAACUAGUUCUGCACCUGAUGGGUGACAGUCAGAGUCUCUCAUCUCUUUGUGCUUGAGUACUGCAUGUGCUAUGGAUUCGUUGGAUUCCCACCGGUGUAAUCAUUCUCCAUUGAAUAUCAGUACUUGACGUUUCUGCCGUUAUGGACUUUUCUUUACUGGAGCGCCUUGCGCCCUGGGCAGUCGGAGCGGCCAGUGCAUCCGCCGGAUUGUACAUUCUUCUGGGCCCGAAAUCCGAGAGUACAUCGCUCCAAGGGGCAAGGGGCCUGCAGAAUCUAGGCAAUACAUGUUUCAUGAACGCCACCCUGCAGGCUCUGGCAGGUAGCUCUCACUUUGUGUCCUGGAUGAGCGAUGCUUGCAAGAAUAUACCCGAAGGAAUUAAAGACUACAUGCCGAUGACCGUCGGUGUGCAUCAGGUUAUGCUGGCUCUAUCGUCAGAUAAUAGUAAUACUGCCGUUCACUGGCCAGAGAGUAUGCUGCAAGCACUGUGUUCGCAUGGCUGGAAGACUGGCGGCGAGGAGCAAGAUGCUCACGAGCUCUUCCACAUCAUGCUGAUGGCCCUUGUGCAUGAGUUUAGCAUGUGGCGUGACACUCUGUCUCUACUGGACGUUCACAUAGCGUUGCAGCUGCCGCUACGGGAUGUGCCGCACGGUGUGACCAUUCCACGGCGCAGCGUCACCGCCCUGCCUUACCUCUUUCAAGGCAGCGGCGGCGGUGGCAGCAAUGGCGACCCGUUUAAUGGUCUGCUGGUGACGAGCAUGCAGUGCACAGCGUGCGGGCAGUGCCGUCCGCUGCAGUACUCGCAUUUUGACUGUCUCUCACUUCUGCUGCCGCGGCGAUACUGGUCGACCAGUGUGUUUGUGCCGACGGCUCAGCUGCUGAAGUGGUUCUGCAGACAAGAAACACUGGAAGGCGUGGAAUGUGACAGCUGCACACGCACACUGGCACGCGUCACCAGUAGCCACCUGACGGCGGCAACGCCAACGGUCCGCUCCAACUUCACGAAGUCUGUGUCGGUGGCCCGGCUGCCGCGCUGCCUGUGCUUGCAGAUCCAGCGUCUCUACUGGAUGCGGACGGGAACGCCGCUGAAGAGCGAAACGGCGAUUGCAUGCCCGGAACUGCUCGACAUGAGCCCGUUCACAACUGCUCAUGGAGAUCAGCAGCAGCAGCAGCGGCUGGGCGGUAAUGCCCAAGCUGGAGAUGUACGGCAGCAGUACAGGUCGUGGCGAUCGCGCGAUUACCGGCUGAAAUCCAUCGUGGUGCAUCAGGGCGGCGCCGGAGGAGGACAUUAUGUGGCGUACAGGCGCGGCCACACGGAUCCCUCGACCUGGUGGAGGAUAUCGGACGCGACCGUGCGGCAAGUGGAACAGUGUAAUGUUGAUGUGUGCCGUGCGUAUAUGGUAUUUUAUGAGAAACAAGAGCGCGGGCCUUCAUGACUUGACAAUCGGCCAGUGCCUGUCGCCCGGUGGGAGUAACUUUGGUCACUGGACUAGCACCAGAACUUGUCAUAAAAAUUUAAUGUUACCGUAUUUCCGGAGUAGAAGCUGCACUUCUAGGACCGGAACUUGUCAUAAAUUAUUACUUUGUCUACUCGUUUGUCAUAAAAUGUUACUUCAUGGUUUUGUCAUGAAACGUUACCGUAUUUUCCGGAGUAGACGCCGCACUUCUAGGACCGGGUCUUGUCAAUAAAUUAUUACUCUGUAGUAAAACCUGGUGUAAGCGACCUCUGUGCUUAGCGACCACCUGCUCUUAAAGGGGAAGUUAAGG